AUGUUGUUCGCAAGGCCAUGGACGAGCCUGUGCUUGCUCGCGGGGACUUGGACGGGUGCUUGGGCGCGGCAAGGGGGGCUGAGCGAGGAUCCUGACAUCAAGGCCAUCUCGCUACGCACACAUAGCCUCGAGCCUCCAUACCUUGAUUCGGACAUGCAAAGCCGUUGGUGGGAUUUUGGCGGAGACACUAUUAUUCGAACUGAUAAGUACAUUCGACUGGCUUCGGACAAGCCCUCGCGCGAUGGCUGGCUGUUUUCGAGAGUGCCUCUUACGGCUACCAACUGGGAGAUCACUUUCGAGUUCAAGAUCCAUGGUCAAGGCAACCUCUACGGCGACGGCUUUGCCAUGUGGCUCACCAAGCAGCGGGCGCAGCCAGGAAACGUCUUUGGCCACACAGACAAGUUCGAGGGGCUCGGCCUCUUCUUCGAUACCUACAAGAACAACCGCCCCGGUACCGUGUUCCCAUACAUCAUGGCCAUGAACGGUGAUGGAAAUACGCUAUACGACAAGGACAAUGACGGCAAGGCCAACGAGGUCGCUGGCUGCUCGGCCCGUGGAAUUCGUAAUGCCCAGAUCGCGACCAAAGCCCGUCUCACAUACUUCCAAGAACAAUUCCUCCGUCUCGAGCUCCAAUACAAGUCAGAAGGCGAAUGGACUCAAUGCUUCGAGAUCCCCAACUUCAAGGUGCCACCCGUUGCCUACCUAGGCUUCUCUGCUGAAACCGGUGAACUUUCCGACAACCACGACAUCGUCUCCGUCAAAUCACAAAACCUCUAUAAGAAGAACCCAAGCGCCGGUUCGUCCUCAGGAAGCUCAGGCGCCAAGACUGCUUCGUCCAUGACCCGGGAAAAGAGCAGCAGCGGUGGAAGCUGGACCUGGUUCCUUGUCAAGUUUGUGCUGUUCGGCCUGGCCCUGACUGGUGCCUACGUUGGCUUCACCAUCUACAGGACGAAGCAAAGAGAUCCGAUAGCCACGGGCGAUUUCGCAAAGCUACUGGGUUCACCUUCACGAGACUACAGCCCCAACCUUUCCCACCGCGCACUGAGGAAGAAGUAA